AUAUUUGUGUUCAGUUCAUUCUAUUGAAGACAGCUGCUUAGUUGCUAAUUUUUGAAUCAUGUCAUAUAUUGGAGCAAACACUUCAGACGCUGAAUGUGAAAGGGCGGAUCAACCAAAAACCCGUCAUUCGGAUUUCAUUUCAAAGUUAGCUGCAAACAAGUUAUCCUUGGAAUCUAAAUGGACAAAUAAAAAGGAUGAUGAAUCUGGAUCAGAAUUGUCGUACACAGAAAACUUUUUGACGAGAGGUGCAUUUUUGCUGACGCCUUUACAUGAAUUAUCAAUGGAACGAGCUGCAGUUAUAUGCGAGAAAAUGAAUUUCAAGGGUUGUUUCAGCCUAACGAAAACUGCUACGGGAAUUCUUUUCAAGUUUUCACACCCAGACGAUUAUCAAGCCGUUUACAAGAAAGGAUUCCACAAAAUAACAGGAGCGAGAUUUUAUCGAAAGAUAGCGAUUCCCUGUCGACCGAAAAAAACAUUCACUCUCUUUGUUAUGGAUGUGCCUGAAGAUUUACCCGUCGAAGACAUUAGGCAUGCAUUAUACAAGUUCGAUUCUGUAGUUGAAGUAGUACGUCUUCAUUACCAAACUCAACAAUUAAUGUCAAACGAAAAAAUUCAAGAAGUUAGAACUGAAGUUGCUGAGAAAACAGACCGCCGAGAAUCAACUACGUCGGUAAUUCGAAUAACAUUAGCUUCAAUGGAUGAAUAUAAUAUAUUACUGCAAAAUGGACUAAACUUUUACGAUGCGACCUUUUUUCCAACAGAAGCAAAUCUUCAAAUGAAGGAUGUAAAAAUUGACUAUAAAAGACGAAUUUUCGAUGGAAAUAAGAGUAGUCGAGUGCGUGAAUUGCUUCCUGUUUUCGAUGCCACUGGAUUUUGUAAAUUGCCACCACCAUCAAGUAAACUUAUUAAACCAACAAGAAGUAUAAAAUAAUAUAUUCCAAUAAAAACACUACACUACUAUGAUUUACGAAA